GCGAAUCAACAUUAGCAUGUUGGUAGCUAAAAAACCUAGAUAGGCCUAUACUUAUUAUCGUCCCUUUUCUUUUUGAUACAAUCAGUCAAUGCAGAUUACAUAUGACAAUGCAGUGUUAACCUUUGAAUUCAUGUAUGUCAUGCAGCUUCCAAUAUCUUAAAUUGUUUAUAAUCAAAGGAAAUGUAUUCAGCUAAAACAUCAUUAAUUUGAUGUCAGGACGGGAAUAAGGAAACCUAUCUACAUAGAAAGUCAAAAUCGUUCAGCUUUCACUUUUUUGUUUACUACUUUUGGUGAGUAAAGAUUCCGCCCUUUUUCUUAUCCAGUUGUGAGCUUGCAUGUGAGAGAGAUUCCCCCUUCAACAGAUGGAAACAAAUGGAGAAACAGAGAAGCAAAAACAACAACAACAACAACAAAAACAACAACAAACACAACGAAAACAAAAGAAACCAAGUAUAUAAUCGUCUGAAGAUAGUAACAUAUAAUUACAGGAUUCCUACCUGGUUAUAUAAGGGUCCUCCCUGCGUAGUUCACUGUGAACGGUCAGUCAUGGCCACGCUGGGACACAGAUUACUAGCCCUUUCCCUGGUUCCGCUGGUCCUGUGCUACCCUAACCCGCCAACGUGUUACAGCAAGGUGCUGGGCAUGGGUCGAGACGUCACCUAUCAGGCGGCAGUGGUCAAGAUGGAGACCGAAACCAGACGCUGCAUGGCACACAUCCCAGAGCUCUACAUAGAUGUGCAUAAUGCCUGCGUCAUGCCAAAGAUGAGGCAGUAUGUUUAUCUGGUGGAGGACCUGCGCGCGCGACGCUGUGCGUACACCAGGAAGCUGCAUGUGCUGGGUCAAACGGUCAGGCAACUCUACAUCAUCAUGUCCGAGAGGUGUCAUGGGGAGCUGGCAUUCACUAGUGAUGACUGUGCAGCCUUGGACCGCUGAUGAAACGAAGCCUGACAGAACAGUUGUCACAGUUUGAUGGGCAAAAGAAAAGUAGGGAGAUGCAGAGAAAGAGAGAGGUAUAUAAAGAGACAAAGGCAGGGAGAUAGAUGUAAAAUUGUAAAAAAAAUAAUAAUAAUGGUUUUCUGUGACAAAUUGCUAUGCAAAAAAAACAUCAUCCUGAAAAUAAACGUUAAAUCACCCCGUGUUCAUGUUACAUUGAAUUUCUUGGCUGCUUGUUGUCCAGAGGUUUAUUGGUAAUAACUAUGAACAACAUUGUGGGUUUAAGUGAGCGCAAACAGGAUAACAAACAAAGGGGCAGGCAAAAGUAAUAACCAUGAAAAUGGGUGGAUGUUGGGAUCUUGGUGGCCACAUUGUGUUGAACCAUACAUCAUAAAACAAUGGUUAAGUCUCAACCAUACAGAGAGUGCAGGAAGCAGCGUAGCACAGGAGGCAGGCAUCAAUCUUCAUAAUUGAACUCUGGUUUUACCAAAUGUUGCUCACAGAUAUAUUUUAUAUUUUCUUUGACAAGAAA